AUGCCUUCUCGGAUCAAAGACCUUCAAGAUUUACAUUAUGCCAAAUUACCCGAUUUGUACUCGCUGAUAUCCGCGAACGGGUUCCUUCCAGUCAAGCAGCCCCUGAAGCGCUUACCGGAUCCAUACUAUCUUCAAUGGGAACAAGUAUUGGACGAGCUACCAACAUCAUUGAAAGAAAAGACUAUUCGAGUUAAAGUAAACUGUUUAGAGGUACUCGGAACCGACAGACUAAUUACAGAACGCGAAUGGCAACGAGCAUAUGUAAUCCUAUGCUUCCUAGCCCAUAGUUACAUCUGGGGUGGUGAUGUUCCUUCUGAGAUCAUACCCCCUUGCAUCACAAUACCACUUCUUCAAGUGUCAGGUCAUCUUGAACUUCCACCAGUUGCAACCUACGCAGCCGUCAAUCUUUGGAAUUUCAGCAGCAUAGGAGAUGAUUUUACAGAUCUAGACAAUCUAAAAGCCUUACACACAUUCAGCGGUACUCAAGACGAGUCCUGGUUCUACGUCCUAUCCGUAGCCAUCGAAGCACGUGGCGCUCAUAUCCUCCCUUUGAUGCUUCAAGCAACAGACGCCAUAAAGCACAAAGACUAUGAGAGGAUCAAGCAUGCCUUGAAUACUAUGGCCACGUGCAUUAGGCAGUUGACACAUCUUCUGGGCAGAAUGUCAGAGAGGUGUGACCCCAUGGUAUUUUAUCAUCGAAUUCGACCCUUCUUAGCUGGGACGAAAAACAUGGGUGCCGCCGGUCUUCCUAAUGGAGUCUUCUACGACGAAGGCGAUGGAAAUGGUCAAUGGAAACAACUAAGAGGCGGAAGUAAUGGUCAAAGCUCAUUGAUACAGUUCUUUGACUUGAUUCUCGGCGUUGAUCAUACUUCUACCAGUACCUGUCACACAUUACGAGAAGGCCAUAGUCCCAUCAAGCCAGCUUCCAAGGAAAUGAAUUUCCAUCAAGAGGUCCGUCUUUACAUGCCUGGUCCGCAUCGGAAGUUCCUCGCCAUCGUGUCUCGACUGGAUAGCGUCAAAGACUUCGUACAUUCGGCUCCGAAAUCUCUAGAACAGCAACAGCUUAUUCGAGCCUAUCAAGGCGCUACAGAAGCGUUUGGGGAUUUUAGACAAGCCCAUAUGCAAAUGGUGACUCGUUAUAUCGUUGUGCCAUCCCGAAAACCAUGUCCCUCGUCAUCACCAGGGAUGAACUUGGCUACCGCGUCCUUGGCUGCAAAUAGAGGGACACAAACUGAGCUUACCGGAACAGGUGGGACGGAUCUAAUUCCGUUCCUAAAAACUACUCGUGAUGACACAUACCGAGCUGGACUCACAGUAGCGUCUAAGGAGCGCGCAUAA